AUGGAUCUAGUCGUCACUCCGUCUGCAGCUUCGGCAUCACCAUCGACAUCGGAGUUAACCUCGAAGUCAGCUCUAACAAUAGCUUCCGGCUCUGCCGGAAAGCCCCGCCACCAACUCUCGAGCAAAACUCGCUUGUCCUGCGAUCGGUGCCAUGCACAAAAGCUCCGAUGUGUCAAAGACGAAGGCAUACCUACAUGUCGGAGAUGCCUUAGAUUGAAGACGCUCUGCCGGUAUAGUCCCCGUGCCGCGAGAUCGUCUAUGAGGCCUCGAGGACAGUCGGCCCAUCUUCCUCAAGCAGACCACGAUGUCACACUCUCGGCGGGCGAGCCUACCGAAGAUAUAGCGCCGGUACCGAUGGCUGCGACUAUGGGUGAUAUUGGCUGGUGGGAUCCAGCAGACACGCCGAUAAGUCUUCUUGAAGCGCAAGUAGGGUUAUAUUCAACUUCUGGCUGUACUGUGCAAGGCGGUCCCGGUGUUCAAGAGAUUUUCACCACUGGUAUAUUUGACAUUCUGGGAGACACAACCACACCGGGCAACCACAGCUCCGUCGACUGGGACCUCGCAUUUCCAGAUGACCAUAUAAAGCAGACCCUUCCCUUGAUCAACACACCCAAUCCACGCAUUGGGAGCAUAGGUCAAGGUAUAAGUGAAAACUCAGGAAGCCCUUUAGUAUCUACCUUCCAAAGGUUAGCAAGUCUCAGCGCUCGGAUUUACGAAUGCGGCGCAAAUUUGCCAUCCCCGCAUCGGAGCACAAGGCAUACCUCCAAUGUUGGUAUGAACGCCACGCCAAAGUCGGCUCACUUUAUCUUCGAUGAGCUGUUCCGAGUCACCACGGAGUUCAUCGACAUUUUACGAUGCCUUCCCAACUCAAGAAGCAAGGAUGAUACCGUCCUGUGUGCAACCUCCCCAGGCUUUCAAGAAUCACAAUCGGUUAUUCCAAACAGUCAGGACAUGCCAUUCUCAAGCGAUUCAGUUAUUGGAAGUCACAUGGCAAUACAGCCUGAUCCUUCGUCACAUGUCGACGAUGCAACGGUCUUCAUGAUCAUGUCCUGCCACAGCAGCCUGACAGAAACAUACGGAUCCAUCUUGCAAAUGAUGCAAAUGUGCUUAGAGCACUCGCUCAUCCCUCAAAUGGGUGGCAAUUGGCUGGUCAUUCUCCCACGGGUGCAAGUUGGCUCGAUCGAACUCCCAUCGCUGCAGGUGGGCGAUCAAACACCAGUCUCCUCCAAAGCUACGUCGUCCAUGUAUAUGAUGACGGUCACGAUGCUCUUCUCGCGGUUGUGGGCGCAGCUUGCCAGUAUCUUGAGGGAAAGGGUUGGCGCGGAAUCUCAUACUGGAAUAGGGAAAGACUCUUCGUUGGUAGAAACAAUGUGGAUUACUGCAUUAAACAAGACAGGCCAGCUGAUACAGACCAUCGACUCUAUAAGCAGUCAGUUGCAAUGA